ACUAAGAACCACUAAUCAAUUCACAUCAUCUACUCCUCACUCAUCUUAUCACUCUAUAUAGAUAACCCAAUCCUCACUUCCACUCCCUUCCCUUUAAUUUUCUCCUACACUCCUCAGCUCCACGCGCCAAAACCACACCUCUUCCCGCCGGCCACCACUACCGGAAAUUCUCAAACAUGUCAGUGAAGGAAUGCACCCACCACAAGGACAGAAAACAAAAACUUAUCCGGCGACUCUGCGCCGGAAUUCUCAUCUUCCUCUUCAUUGUCCUAUUAACAAUCCUCCUUAUCUGGGCUAUUCUUCAACCCAAAAAACCCCGUUUCAUUCUACAAGACGCCACCAUCUUCAAUUUCAACGUUUCCGCCCCCAAUAUCUUCUCCACAUCAAUCCAAGUCACAAUUUUCUCCCGUAACCCUAACGACAAUAUCGGCGUUUACUACGAAAAAAUGCACGUAUACGCCAAUUAUCAUAAUCAGCAAAUUACUUAUUAUACUCAAAUUCCUUCAGUUUAUCAAGGUCAUAAGGACGUUAAUAUUUGGUCGCCGUAUGUUUCUAGUAAUAACGUUCCGAUUGCUCCUUAUAAUGGACCAGAUUUAAAACAGGAUCAGCAAAACGGUGGCGUUUGGCUUGAUUUUAAAAUUGACGGUCGUGUGAAAUGGAAAGUUGGGACGUUUACUUCUGGGCAUUAUCAUUUACAUGUGAGGUGUCCGGCUUAUGUACCGUUUGGGAACAAUCCUGGAGACGGCGGAAUUAUCGUCGGAAAUAACGCCGUUAAGUAUCAACUUGCCCGGAGCUGUGAUGUGAGUGUUUAAUUUGAAGAUGAUGAAGAAGGGGAGUUUAUUGCACUGAACUGGAAGUAUUUAAUUAUUUCUCUGUUUUACUUUUUGGACCAACUUUUAUGUUUUUUUUUUUCCUGCAAUUUAUACUUUCUUUGUUCUUAAUUUUUGGUCCUAUAAAGUUGAACUGUACAUUUUGCUAAAGAAUAAUAUUGGGGAAGUUCAGAAUCUUGUAAGAAGUUGUAUUGAUAUUCGUAUUAUAAAAAACUUAUAUACUAUUA